UUUUAGCCUCUUCGCCAUGAUGAUUCAUUGAGUUCUGUUCUACGAGAUCAACUAACAGCGGUGGCUGUUUCAUGCAACGGGAGCAGUUCAUACGCGAGCCCGCCGGAAUCCUCGGCCGCCUGUCACCACCAUGCGGAGCCUUGCUGACUUCUUCUUUACUCAGAAAUCUCAUUGUAAAAGACAGAGCCCUGGCUCCCCUCGUCGCCGAUCCUAUUUCACCCUUAUAUUACCUCCUAUUUCUGAUCCCCAAGCCACUGCCCAUCCUUGUGGACGGCAAUGUCGUGGCUAAAGACGGUUGUAAAACGCGCCGUCGAGGUCAGCCGUGAGAAGCGCCUUGGUCGUACCGUCCACUACUACGCUGAUACAGUCGUUCAGCACGCCGGACAGGCCGUCGCCGGUGGCGCUCGGAUUCUUCAAAACCGGAUUGGGAAUAACAACCAUCCGAGCUUCAAGUAUGCGGUGAAGCGACUGGAGGAAGCUGCGGUUUCCUGCAAGGAGAGAGACAGGGUUGAAUUGCUGAAGCUGUGGCUGAUUUCAUUGAAAGAAGUUGAAAGGAUUUGCGGAGCUUCGCAGGAGAGCAUGGGUGCGGAUUCACCUCAAUCGGUUGAAUUACCAUAUUCUUCUCCAACGGUUCCAAAGAAUUAUUCUUUGGUUCUAUUUUUUGAUUCUGACCAGGAAGGUCAACCCAUAAACUUCCAUGAAAUGUUUCUUCAAAGUCAGGCUCUUGAAGGCAUGACUAUGUCUAUGAUUCUGGAAGAACCAAAUAUUGAGGAAGUCUCUCUACUCAUGGACAUCUUUGGAUUCUGUUUGAUAGGAGGUACUGAAGUUCAUAGUGCCAUUAUAAGCAAUAUACAAGACCUAGCGGCAGCAUUUUCAAGUUACAAAGAUGAAAUCCUGGCUUUAGAAGAAGCUCUUGAAGAAGUUCAACUAUGCUCAAGAUUGAAUGAACUGUUAUUAAAGAAAAAGACUUUUAAAAAUAGGGACACAUUGGCGACACAUAAUGAGAAGAUUGGCAAAUUAAAAGUUCUAGCAGAAUCUCUUGCGAACUCAUCUUUGAAGGCUGAAACACGUAUUUCAGAUCAGAGCAGGCAUCAGCUAGAAGAUGCUCUCAACUUUCGUAUGGCAAAAACCAGUGAAGUUAAUGAGACUGAAGAGGGAUUGAUAGCAGAGAUUUCCGGGCUUGAGAAACAAAAAGAUGAACUUGAAGCUCAAUUAAAUAAGGUAACUAUUUCUUUAAAGGCUGCUCUCCUUCGCCUUCACAAGCACAGGGAAGAGAGGAACUACUUUGAUGAAGCAAACAAUGAGAUCAUUCUACACUUUAAGGCAAAGGAAGACGAGCUUUCAAGAUCUGUUGCUUCAUAUAAAUUAGAAGCGCAUAUAAUCCGUACAUGGAUUGAUUUCUUAGAAGAUACCUGGCAUCUCCAGUCAUCUUAUUCGAGCCAGAAAGAGAAGCAGACAAACCAUGAGUUGGAGAAAUAUGGAACAUUUCUUGUGAAGCUAAUUAAGCAUCAUCUAUUGGCAUGCAAGAAUGAUCUGGGAGUCUCUGUGAACCUUAUGAAGGCACUUGUUGACAACUUAAAGAAUUUCAAUGAAAGGGAAGAUGAGGCGUCUAGUGCGUUCACCAAGGUUUUACUAGAAUCAAAUUCACGGGAAGUCCUUGAGCAGGAAUAUUUGCAUGUUGAAAGAAAGAUUAUCACUGCGUUCAUUGUUGUUGACCACAUGAAAGAGCUAUUCUAUGCUGGACAAGAUGGUGUCUCCAGGAGAUAUGAUCCUCAAAUAGAAGAACUAUUUAAUUCCACUGAGAAAGCAAGAAAAGAAUUUGGAACUAUAGAAAGACCAAACUUGGAGAUUGAAAAUUCAAAAGAAAGGGAAACCUCAUUAGAAAAGAAAUUGCAGAAGAGCCCCUCUCUAGCAGCACUUUCAUUCAGCACACCAAGAGCUAUGGGUACUGAGUCUCCAGAAUCAGUUGAAUCACCCAGUGAACAAAAAAUGUAUUCAGCAGCAGAUUUAGCAAAAAUGGAUUCAGAAUAUGGGAGCACCACUGGAGGUUACUCAAGUGAAGAUAUAACUGAAUGGGAAUUGUGAUAUACCUUUCUAUCUUAGGAAAAAUUAUUCUGUGAGGACCUGGACAGCGUCUGGAGACCGACUAGAAUGCACCACUUCACUUUUUUGCUCGGUCCUGAUUCUCGGUAGCUCGGUACCAGGUGACGUGGGUCGUUCUGGUUGGUCUAUGGACCGUCUGGUAUCCGCACUAAAUAAGUUUUCAGAAAUGAAAUUGGAUGGUAUAGCACUAUAGCAGGGCAUUCCAUUGAAGCACAUAAUUCUAAAUUUACAUGAUAAACUUGGGAGUGUUUGGGAUCUUUUUUUGCUUUUAUUUUGUAUUUCUAUUUAUAUUCUUGUGUGAGGAUCAUGAAUGUUGGUGAAUCUUCAAAGUUUUUAA